GGAAAACCAUUGGAGACGUUGACCGUACACGCUUACAUUCACGCCAUUACUUCCUUUCUUCCUCACUUCUCGUUGCUGUCUUUUCUCCCAAGAGAUCCGAAUUCCUCCGUCGGCCGUCCGCCGUCUUCCUCCGCAUUCUUCGUCUAUUCGGUAUCUCGAACCAGUGUGUGAUGACUGAGCGCAAGCAGAUAUAGCAAUGGACGCCGAACAAUCCCAGCCGCCCCCAGCGAAGUCCAGUUUUCGAGGCAAACCGUCUCGCCGGAAAAUUAGGGCCUCCGGAGUGAGGUUGAGGAAGGAAUCCGGUCCGAUUCUGGCGAAAUGGAGCACUCGCCCCGAAACCCCCUUGUUGAGCUGGAAAUUUGACGAGCGCGGUACUGGGAAGAGUGAAGAGGAGAAGGUGUCUGGCGGGGCUAAUCGGAGGGUUGGGGGGAGGAUUAAGCUCACCAUUUCGGCUAGAAGUCUUGCCUCCGGCCUGUGGCGUCUGCAAUCGCCGGAGGUUGAAAGCCAAAGGCUAGGUCAUCAGCCUGUUAGUGGUCAUUUUGGAGGCAAUGUUCAUUGUCACAACGUUGACAGAGUUCAUCGAUCCUCGGGUAAGGAUCUGCUGGUCCGUAAUACACGACCUGUAUCUGAUUCAAAACAUGGAAUUCUAGAAGAGUUUGAGCCUCCAUAUCCGCCUCUGAAACCGGUAAUGGAAGGUGCAACAAAGUGGGAUCCCAACGGACGGAAAGAUUCGGAUGAAAUAAAACGAAUAUUUGGGCAAUCAAAGCUGUCUGACUGUCGAGCAAAUGCCACUCGAGUGAUAUCCACCCUCGAGGCAGAGCUCAAGCAGGCGAGAACAAGAAUAGACCAUCUUGAAGCCGAGCGAAGAUCUUCAAAAAAGAAACUCGAGCAGUUUCUGCACAAGCUCAGUGAGGAGAGGGCAGCUUGGCGGAGCAGAGAACAUGAAAAAAUCCGGGUGAUUAUAAAUGAUCUUAAAUCUGAGUUGUCUCGCGAGAAAAAGGCCCGUCAGAAGGUGGAGAUUGCCAAUUCUAAGCUUGCCAAUGAGUUGGCUGAUGCCAAGUCGACCACCAAGCGAUAUGCCCAGGAAUAUCAAAAAGAGCGGAAGGCACGGGAGUUGGUGGAGGAGGUCUGCGAUGAGCUGGCGAAGGAGAUCGGGGAUGACGAGGCUGAAGUAGAAGCGCUCAAGAGAGAGUCAAUGAAGCUGCGUGAGGAAGUCGAGGACGAGCGGCGGAUGCUGCAGAUGGCAGAGGUGUGGCGGGAGGAGCGUGUCCAGAUGAAGCUAGUCGAUGCCAAGGUGAUGCUCGAGGAGAAGUAUGCGCAAAUGAACUUUAUAAUAGAGAAUCUUGAGAUGUUCAUGGAGUCAUCGGGGUCGAUCGAGAAGGCAGAUUCUCUUCGGCAGGCUGUGGCCGCAGUCGAUAUGCAGGAUGUCCGGGAGUUGAAAUACGAGCCCCCAACUUCAGACGACAUUUUCUCCGUUCUUGAAGAUAUGAAUUUGGGUGAAUCGAAGGAUAGAGAACUCGAGCCCUGUGAUGGUUCUAGAAUCGAAGCUUGCAAUUCUCCUAUUAGCCGAUCAUCAAGAAUCCACACAGUGACUCCCGAGGUUAACAAAGACCGGUCCCAUAGGGAUCCCGACGGAUAUACAGAAAGUAGCGAGCUAGAAGAGGAUGCAAGUGAAUGGGAGACCGUGAGCCAUCCAGAGGAUCAGGGCUCAAGCUAUUCGCCCGACGGCAGUGAUCCAUCUGUUAGCAAACGAUAUCAGAUGAAAAUUUGUGGGGAGGAGGAGAAACCCAUUGUUGAUAACAAUGGUGAAGUCAACUCGAAGAUCAGGCAAUUGAUUAAGUUCCCGUUCCCAUCUAAGGACGGUAAGAAUGGCAGGUUAUCAAAUGGAGGCAUUGCGUCGCCGGAUCAUGUUUCAGCGAGAGGCUGUCUGGACGUACCCGAGCAGUGGAGCCCGAGUGAUCUGGGAAAUCCGCAUAUAACCCGUGGAAUGAAAGGAUGCAUAGAAUGGCCACGGAGCGGACAGAGAAAUAGCCUGAAAGCUCGACUGCUGGAAGCUCGGAUCGAAAGCCAGAAGGUACAAUUGCGACAGGUUUUGAAGCAGAAGAUUUAACGACUAAUCGAUCCACCCAUCGCGCACGAAACUUGAAGGUACCCCUUUGUCCGAAUACAUGUUUAUGAUUCCUGUCUACGCCACGACAAAAUGUUACAGUUUUGUGAGUUAAGGCUGUGUAUUAUGUCGAAUCUAAGAAGUUGUAUCUGUGAUUCAGACAAUGGCACUCUUUAUGAUUAUUUAUGUGAAAUCCAUCUGAUUAGCGGUUACAAGCUUAUUCGAGUCUCGAUUGAGUAGUUAUUUAGGUAGCAGAUUACAAAGCUUAUUUGAGUCUCAAUCGAGUUGCGGCUGCUGCUGCUGCUGCGAUUACGGCAGCACGGCGAUGCAAUCGAUCUCGACCUUUGCACCCAGAGGCAGUGCUCCGGCCUGAAAGGUCGAGCGGGCCGGCGGGU